CCAGCCUCUGCUCUCCAGCGACCUCCCACCCGCUGUAGAGAAUAAGAGAAUACAUCAAACACCAACCAAGCACAUAAACACACCUUUUCACAUGGCAGUCGAAGCCCAUCUGCUUCACGUCUUCCCUUCCCAACUCCUCACCAACAGGGAAAUCAUCAACAGUGCGGAGAACCAGCCGAGUUUGUACGACAUGCAAACGGUAUGCGCCCCGCCGGACUCCAUUGCGGCCGCCGUGUAUAAUUCACCGGCUCCGGUGAUCACUGUUGUGGCCUCCGAUAGCGGCGUCACCGAACCGUCGAGGAAACGGUCGCGCCCAGUUUCGUUUCGCGGUGUCGACAGUUCCUCCCACCUGCAACAGCAGAUGCUCGACAUCGAUGGCCUCAUCCUGCAGCACGCGGAGAAGGUGAGGGCGGAGGUCGCGGAGCGGCGGAAGCGGUUCGUGAGGCAGAUCGUCGCGGCGAUGGAAGAAGGCGCCUCGAGGCAGCUCAAGGCCAUGGAAGAAGAGAUCACGAGGCUCCGGGAGCUUAACCGAGCGCUGGAGGGGCGCAUGAAGAGCCUCUGCGUGGAGAACCAGAUAUGGCGGGACUUGGCCUGGAGCACCGAGGCCACGGCCACGGUUCUACGGACCAACCUCGAACAGCUGCUUGCGACUCAGGCAAGAGCGAAGGCUGCGGCAGCGUUGACCGCCGGCGACGCUGUGUCCUGCUGCUGCGGGGACAACGGAGAUGAUGGCGACGAGGAGGGGAAGGCCGGCGCGAGGAGGGGUUGGGGGAGAGCUUGCCGGAGCUGCCGCGAGGGUGAGCCGUCGGUGCUGCUGCUGCCGUGCCGGCACUUGUGCCUGUGCGCGGCGUGCGGCCCGGCCGUGGACGCAUGCCCCAUCUGCAAUUGCAGCAAGAAUGCUACCGUCAAUGUAAACAUGUCGUGAACCCAAGAAAAUUAAAAGCAGUGAACAGAAAGGUUUUCUUUC